AUGGCGGCGAAUGUCCCAGCGUCUCUGAAACCAAUCGCUCAUUACAUUAAGAUUGCCAACGAGAAUUCUGCCCGUGAUCCGGUAGUGUAUUACUGGUGCCUCUUCUAUGCUGUACAAAAUGCGAUGCAUUUGGAUAAAAGUUCGCCAGAAGCGCUGAAGUUUCUGACCGGCCUACUCAGUACACUGGAGACUAUUAAGAAGCAACUGGCUACCACUGAGGCCAUAACUAACGAAGUUGUAGCACAAGCACAUCUGGAGGACUUUGCUUUGAAACUCUUCAAUUUCGCUGAUGCUCGAGAGAAAGCGGGUCAGGUCGACAAAAGCGUAGUACAUGCUUUCUACACAGCGGGACACAUCAUGGAUGUACUUUCCUUGUUCGGUGAGGUUGAGGAACCUUUUCUGAGUUCUAAGAAAUAUGCCAAGUGGAAAAGUACACAAAUCUUUUCUUGCCUCAAAGAAGGUCGACCGUAUGUGCCGAGCAGUCAACCUGAUGCAGGCGGUAAGGUUCUUGUUCGUUCGUUUUCGUACAUUACGCUCCAAAAUACAAUGAAAUUUCCAGAGUUCAGCGUACCCGGCCCUACCGAGCACAGCUAUCCGAACGCCGAUUCCGCAUCCUCCAGCGGAGGUUACCAACCACAUGCGGGAACGGCGGAUCACAGUGGAGACCCAUUUGGCGGAAAGCAAUCGUCUCUUCCCACUAAUUACGGCUUUGCUGGAUUACCAAAUGUGCCAGGUUUUACAGGUCUGUCUGCACCGCUUCCAGCUCAAAAUAGUAAUUACAACAAUCCGACACCGAUGAAUACAAUAGUGCCUGAAAUGACUUUCAAUGAAGCUCGUAAAUUCACCAAGUACGCUUUGAGUGCCAUUGACUAUGAAGAUACUCGUGCCGUUGUCGACAACCUUCGCAAAGCUCUGGCUCUUAUGGAGCACUUUUGA